UCAACAACGAAGCUUGACGUCAUGCCACUCACUCACUCACUCACUCCACUUCAAAUGUGAAUUUUGCGUGCCAAAGUGCAUUUUGACUGUCAGAUUAUUCGGAAUCGGAAAGAAGGCUUCACACUACUAGAUGAAAUGGAUGGCCAUUUGUUUUUCGAUUACUGCUUUUUCCUUCCUUCCAAAAUCGCGCGUGCUGUGGCCCACUUAGAAACGAAAAAUUAAAUGAUCAAUUUAUUGCCUAAGCAAUUUGCGUUAAAUGUAAAAUCCAUUUUCAAAAUAUACAACAGCGAAUAUGGAUUUUUUCUGAAGCGAUCUCUGAACACAGAAUGAACAACACCACAUUGCUAUACAUCGCAGCCACAGCCGCUGCUGCUGCUGCUGCUUUUCCGAAGUGAAAACAAUAUAAUUUUUCACACAUAUCUUAAUAGAUUUGUGUUUCCAUCGGAACCAGUUCUAUUUUCCAUUUCGUUCGGAGUAAACGUAUUUUCCCCGUUCAUACGCGUGGCAAGACGGCGGUGACGGCUACGACAACGACCGACGACGACGGAUUCACAGUCCCGCGCCAAAAAGAAAGAAAAAAACGUUGUUGUUUCUAUGAAAUUAAAUUUACUACAAAUGAAGACACACACACACACCGUUCAAUCCAAUAUUUGUGUUUGUAUAAAAUGAAAAACCAAACUGAAAAAUCAUCAUUACGCUGCAAGAGCAAAUAAUUUAAGUUUUGUUGUCGGUUUUCCACUUAUUCUCCGUUAAUUUAUUCGUUUAUUUCAUUGAUAUACAUCUAUCUAUCACACGGUGUGUUCAGUUUUUCGCCAACGAAAACAAUCUAUCCAUUAUCUGCUAUCAGCAAGAAAAUUUGAAUGCUACGAACGUUAGACAGAUAUCCAUAAAUAACCGUUUUGUAGUUGUGUGUGUAUUGUUUAUUUAAAUUUAUGAAUUUGUGAUCAUGUGGAGAAAAGAUAAGGCAUGUCAAAAUUGUUUUUCUUUAUCAAAACAGCGAACCGCUUUUACAUGAAACGGAUUCUUUGCAACGAGAAAAAAAAAACCACAGCGAAACGCUACAAUACGGGUAAAUAUUGUGGUUGCAGUCAUGUGAGAUUUAAUAAAUCUUGUUUAUGUGAAUUGUGAUAAAUUCUUUUAUUUGGGCUUUAAUUUGUGAUGUCGACGACUAUGACGACGGCCAAGGAAGGCAAGGAGAAACAGCUUGAAAUCAUCUCGAUAAAAACUGCACAGACCAAGUUUACACAAAUUUCGCGCCAAACACCCGGGAUAUAAAAGCAUAUUAAUAUCGCAAUCGUAGUGCACAUCACACGCUUUAUAAGGAAAUGGAUAAUAUAUGACACAUACCACGCUACUGACAAUAACAACGGGAAACCAGGUCAUAAACAACCUGUUGAUAACGAUCAAAUGAAAACGAAACCAGUGAUUUUCCCAUUUGGUGUGUGUAAGACCAAGAACGACGACAACGACGACGACAACGACGACGAGAUCAAGAUAUGUCGAAAAAAUCAGACUAUUCGAUACCGAAACGAAAUGUGCGAAAAGUUCGCUUUGAAUUACCAACGAAUUUAGCCAUCGACAGCGAUGACAACGGCACACAUUUUGGUGCUACCGAUUCAAAAAAAUCGGACAAGUUUUUACAAAAAUAUCCAAGUAAAUUUGUAGCUACAUCGAAAAAGGAUGAGAAAAAAGUGCACGGAACGGGCAAUUAUGUAAAUGGCACAUUGAGUUUUUCAACAACUGACUAUGCAGCCAUGCAGAGAAACAAUGUGGAAACAUGCACAGCGACGAAAAAAGAGACAAAAUCCAUACCAAUCAUGUUUCGUAAUCAGUUCACAAACGAUGCAUCGGCGAAAAAUGCACGCAAAAAUUGCUCCAUCGAUCAACAGUACUGGGAAAAUGCGGUGCAUCGACGCGGUAUAUUGCUGCACGUUAGCUCCGAUAAUCAGGAGGCAAAUAAAAUAACAUUUCGUACGAGUAAAAUGCGACGAUACACAUCCAUUUUUAUGGGAUCAUCCAAAUAUUUUAAACGAUCUCGUAGCCAAUUGCUUAACUAUCCAAAGACAAAAUCACCAAAUACACUGGAGCUGCCCACGAAUCAACCACUGAAGAAAGAGGAUUUCAAACCAAUGGAAACGCAAUUUGAAAAAUUUAGUUAUAAGCUUAUUCCGACCAAGUCAAACGCCAUAAAGCUGACACAAGCGAAUUCCAAUGAACCGCAACCAUCGGAUUUUGAUGUGCGCGCUUUAUCAAUCGUUCGCAAUGCUUUCAAUCAGCAACAAAAUGAGCUUCCACAUCAUUGUACCAGCGAGAAUUUAAGCGAAAUUCUACAGCUGGCACACAGAUGGCAGUCAUCGUCACAAUCAGUGCCUGCAAGUGAUAAUGUAUCGACACGCGAGUCCAGCCACUCAGUUGAAUUUUGCACUUUAAAAAAAUUAGAUGUAAAAAUCGCCAAUAGUGGAAUCAGAAGUGGAAGUGAUAGCAACCGUUUCGUACACACCCCGUUGAAAUCGACAAAAAUGAAUAAAGACAAAGUUUCAUUGGUGACGACACUGUUACGCGCAUCACGAAGCCAAGAUGAAGACACAUUACGUCAUGUGCUAGAAAAUAUCCUAAGGAAUGGCAUUAGCGAGGCUGAACUGAAUGCCGAGGACUGCAGUGGCCGAACUGCUUUGUCGUACAUGUGCUCCACGAAUACUACACACUUUUUGGAAGCAUUACUACAAGUGCCUGGCAUCGAUAUCAAUAAACCGGACAAUGAACUGAAUACACCGUUGCACUACGCAGCCGAAUGUGGUCAUUUGGGGGCAAUUCGAUUACUACUCCCACAGAAUAAACUGAAUAUUGACGCAAAAAACAUAUUCGGUUUUACACCUUUAAUGAAAGCUGCCAUACAGGGUCACAUUCGUUGUGCCAAGACUUUAUUAUUUGCCGGCUCAUCACCCGUUGAAAUCGAUUACAAGCGGCAAUUACGUGCAGAGCAAUGGGCUCGAUUUUGUGGAAGACACUCGUGUGCAGAAUUGAUCGAAAAAUGGGCGCGAACAAGGAAUUUGGACAAAGAAUCGUUUUCAAUUGCCAAAGACCAAGACAGCCACGAUUCGGUGACCGGUCGCGCUCGAGCCAACUCAGCUGUACAAACGAUAUCCAAAGUGAAUAUAACACCGAUUAAAAGUGAUAAAGGUAUUCGGUCAAAAAUAUCCAAAGUGUUUAAUUUUGUAUCGCGUGACAAAUCGAGUAAUCAAAAUCGAAGCAACCACAGUAGCUCUAACAAUAAUAUCAAGGAUUCGUCAAAAACGGGAUUUUCGGUGUAUCAAAAGGGAAUCACAAUGCUGUCUCGCUCCGAUGGUUUUCUGAACAAAAGCGUUGUACGUCCGUUAGAAGUGCCAAAGCUGGAGGUGACAUCGCCGCAUAAUCAGGAACUCAUUCGAAAAUAUGAGAAGCGAUACAGUUUGGGCAAUAACGAAAAUGCCAAACCACCUGCAUUGCCACCGCGUCGAAGUUCAAAACAAAUCUUUUAGCUCAAAUUUAAAAUCCUUAUUUCUAUCCAUCGCUCUCUCUCACUUUCUGUUACUCCGUUUCUCCCUCUAUCUUUCAUUUCGAUGUAGUUCAUUGUUAUUUGUAAAUUUAUUAUUGUUUCCAUUGUGAUAAUGGCAAAUUAUGCUUAAAAAGCUGUCAAACAUAGUAUUAAAAUUAAGUCAUUUGUUACGUCUAAAUUUGUUAAACAAUCCAUUAUAUUUUAUUCAAGGACCUUUCUCCCCCCCCCCCCCCCCCUCUUUAAUUUCUCUCUCCUUUUUUUCGCACACACGACAACCAUUUGUUAAAAUUGCAUUUUGGCAUUUAGCCCGAAAUGGAAUUGCAUUCAAAUCAUGUGCCAUGUACUUAUCGUGAACCGAACAAAUCAUGUUAAGAAAAUAGAUACACCAGACUCGCUUAGCUUACAUUAUUAUCUGAAUAAGUUCAAAUCAAUUUAUACAUCUCAAACAACAACCACAAACAAAUCAGAUUUUAUUGUAACAACUUUCUUUUAUUUUGUAAAUUUUUAAAAAAUAAUAAAGAAAACCGCUGAAAUCAUAUUCAGUUCGGUCAUUUAUUUUCCGAA